GCAACAACAAUACACACAAAGUUCCGACCAUGAACAUAACUAAAACCACUCCUUGGUUUCUUUACGUGUGCCUGAUUCUUCUAUCAGGCUACAAAAGUGUAAAAGGAUCGAUUUCUCCAUCUAGCGAGCCCACUAAAGAUGGCAAGUUUGGUUUCAAACCGACAACGUUGUUUGUGUUCGGAGACUCGUACGCAGACACCGGGAACACACCAGUCAUUAUCUCGCCCUCAUGGAGGUUUCCUUACGGAAUCACUUUCCCGGGAAAGCCUACCGGCAGGUUCGGUGAUGGUCGUAUUUCAACUGAUUAUCUCGCCAAGUAUCUUGGACUUAGAACACCGAUUGCAUAUAAAUGGAGGAGGUUCGCACUACCGAGACAAGUUGUGAAUAAAGGAAUCAAUUUCGCAUUUGGUGGAGCUGGCGUGUUUGAGACAAUUUUCACAGUCCCCACCGCGAGUAUGCAGAUCAAUUCCUUUGAACGACUUCUCCGGAAAAAUGUUUACUCACCGGCCGAUCUCAACUCUUCCGUAGCUUUUUUCAGCUUCAUCGGCAAUGACUAUAUCAAGUACAACAUAUUCAAUGGUACCUCGCAGGGCCGUCCAGCAUUGAUAAGGAGAGUUACGAAACAGAUUUUGUUGGAUGUAAAGCGAAUUAAGGACUUGGGAGUGAGAAAGGUGUUUGUGGUUUUAUCUCCACCGCAUAAUUGUGUGCCGUUAUAUUCCACUUCUAAAGGCUGCAACACUAGUAACCCGUUGACGAAGCUCCACAACAGUCUUAUCCGUGAAGGAUUGAGAAAACUAAACGAUGAGAAUAAUGAGAAAAGCUUCCUCAUGCUUGAUUUCUACAAGGCUUUCAUGACCAUAUUCAAGUAUAGAGGAGUUCCAGGAGUUUCGACAUUUUCGGAACCAUUGAAGGCAUGUUGUGAGGGAAGAAAAGGAGGAAACUCUUGUGGAGAUGUAGACAUAUACGGUAGAAGGUUAUACAGUGUCUGCAAAGAUCCAAAGUCAUUCUUUUUCUGGGAUAAUGUUCAUAUUACUGAUGAAGGAUGGCGUUCUGUAUUUUCUCUUCUUCUACCUGAUUCACGAUAAUGGAUCAUGUAUGUCUCCAAAAAUUCAACUACUAUGAGAAGGGAUGAGUAGCCAAUUCAUAUUUUAUAAAGAAAUUUCACAUAUAAAAGAUCCAGUAUAUGAAACAAAUGCAUUUUUUUUUAAAAAGGGUUUUCAUUCAUGAAACAUGAAACAAUUGCAUACUCAUACGUUCUUUGUUGGUGACUUUAAUAAAACGAAAAAGAUGUGGUUAUAUGUUGUUAUUGUUUACUAUAUCAAACUGGAGUUAAAUCAGACUUUAGUUUAGGGUUCACAAGGAGUACAUUUGUCUUAGAGUUGUUUUAGAGGAUAGAGAAGACAUAAAAGAUGUGGUUAAGUUA